AUGCCUUGCAAUAUCUUGAAAGAUUUGGAUAUGCUAACAAGUCGGAACAGAUAUGUCAUCGAAAAUGAUUUUGGUGAACAUUGGUAUCAUGUUAGAACAAAAUGGAAAAAAACUACCCUAAAAUGGUAUUUUCCUCAAGCCACACCACCAUACGUUGCUGCUGCUGAAAAGGCAUUUGAUAUAUGGCAACAAAAUUCCAAAUUUACAUUUAAACGAGUUUUGAUUCCUGUGCCUUCGCCUGACUUAACUAUUACUAUUGUGAAUGAAAAACAUCAAUUUCGAGCCAAUUGUCAAGGUAAUGAAUAUUGUGCCUUUAAUUUUGAUGGUCCCGGUAAGGUGUUAGCUCAUGCUUAUUUUCCCUCUGGAGAUGGAUGUAUUGAAAUUCGUUUUGAUCGUAAUGAACGAUGGAAUCCAAACAUCGAUGGAAUUGUACAAGACACUGAAACUAACUUCUUUCUGGUAUUAGCACACGAAAUCGGCCACACCUUAGGAAUUGGUCACGGUGACGUUUCAACUGCAAUAAUGUUUCCGUGGUAUCAGAAAAACAUUACAAUGCUCGAUGAAGAUGACAAAAUGGCGCUCGAAUCUCUUUAUGGUCCUACACAAAAAUUUAUACAUAAUCCAUAUAACGAAGCGACGACGACGACAACUAUGCAACCAACACAACCACCUCUUUCACAUCAACCACCCGUGAUGCAGACUAAUAUAUGUGAUAUUAAAGCUCCGGAUUUUAUGUUUCUUGCCUCAUCUCCGUAA